AUGAAAAUCGAAAAAAUUGGUUAAUUUUAAUCAGUUAGAGUGCCUUAAGGGAAAUUUUCCAGCUUGCAAAUAGUUAGAGAAAUUGUUGAUAAAUAUCUGAUUCUAUUGGAUAAAAUUCUAUCCAAAACAAAAAUAAUAUUCUCUUGA